AUGGCCGAAAGCAGCGUUUCAAAGAGAAAGAGAACAGAAAAUACAUUAGUGGAACAGUGUGAUAUAUAUUUGGAGCACAUGGAAGGCGACUAUAUAUUUAGAAGCAGGGUUGUAACUCCAACAGUCGAACCAAAAUAUAUUAAGAAUAAGUGGAAAAAACUUACCAUAGAAUUAAAUUCUUUAGGAAAGAGGCCUGUAUUGACAAAGGAAGCAUGGCAAAAGAAUGGCAACUGGUGGUGGACUUGGAGAAAAGAUAGAUAUGACGGAACAAGUAGAAAGAGGUUUACUGUGUGGGAAAAAGUAGCUGUAACAGGUACUCUUCUUGUGGCUAUUAGUGGCGGGUUACCUUCAACAUCAAGUGCUUGUACUUCAAUUUCUGCUGCCGCUGAUUAUGCACAUAAACCAGAAUUGACAUUCGAGGAAAUUCUAAUUACAGCAGAUUUUGACAGUGAGGCAGUACAUGAGAGUGUUGACAUGCCAGUCAUGAAUAACAGUCACCAGACUAAAACAGAAAAUGUGUCCACACCUCGGCCCGUAAUUAAUUCAACACCAAGGCGGAAACAAGCCAAGGCAAAACCAACUUUAAUUGUUUCAGCUGAUAAAUUAAAAGCAGCUUAUGAAAAUAAUACGCAGACAUCGCAAGCUGUAAGCAAUGAAAUUGGAAAAUUUGUAGAGGUGUACAAGCUUGUUAAGAUAGAGGAAUGA